GAGCACAAGCAACCACAGCCGCCACCUCCAUCAGUCUCGACCUGAUCGGCCAUCUAUCUAUACAACCACUUUCGCUGAUAUCGCAUCUUCUCUCAGGUUAGUUGCCUAGAGAGAUAUUCGUUCGAAUCGCUUAGGUGAAAUCUCCUCAUCCAAACGGCGCAAUGGCGGACCCUCGAGAGUCGUCAUCCUACUCGGUACUGCCGAGAAUCAGGUACAACACCAUCGGUGGUGUCAACGGUCCGCUUGUUAUUCUCGACAAUGUCAAAAACCCCAGCUACAACGAGAUCGUGUCCCUCACCCUGCCUGAUGGAACCACACGGUCAGGACAGGUUCUUGAGGCGCGAGGCAGCCGUGCCAUCGUACAGGUCUUCGAGGGCACAUCAGGCAUCGACGUCAAGAAGACAAAAGUCGAGUUCACUGGCGAGAACCUGAAGCUCGGUGUUUCGGAAGACAUGUUGGGCCGCAUCUUCGACGGAUCUGGCCGACCUAUCGACAAGGGUCCCAAGGUACUCGCUGAAGACUUUUUGGACAUCAACGGACAGCCGAUCAACCCUUACUCCAGAGUGUACCCUGAGGAGAUGAUCUCGACUGGUAUAUCCGCCAUUGAUACCAUGAACUCGAUUGCUCGUGGACAGAAGAUUCCUAUCUUCUCGGCCUCAGGUCUACCACACAACGAGAUUGCUGCCCAGAUUUGUCGGCAAGCCAGCUUGGUCAACAAGGAGGGUGUUACGAACAAGGGCGUUCACGAUGGCCAUGAGGAGAACUUCAACAUUGUGUUUGCAGCCAUGGGUGUCAACCUGGAAACUGCCCGCUUUUUCACUCGUGAUUUCGAGGAGAACGGCAGUCUCGAACGCACAACCCUCUUCCUGAACCUUGCUAAUGAUCCAACUAUCGAGCGUAUCAUCACACCCCGUCUUGCACUCACCACUGCCGAAUACUACGCCUACCAGCUCGAGAAGCACGUGUUGGUUAUCCUUACCGAUUUGUCUUCGUACUGUGAUGCUUUGCGAGAGGUCUCGGCUGCGCGUGAAGAAGUGCCAGGUCGCCGUGGUUUCCCUGGUUACAUGUACACGGAUUUGUCCACCAUCUACGAGCGCGCCGGACGUGUCGAGGGACGAAAUGGAUCCAUUACGCAAAUCCCCAUUUUGACCAUGCCCAACGACGAUAUCACCCACCCGAUUCCCGACUUGACUGGUUACAUUACCGAGGGUCAGAUUUUCGUCGACCGUGGUCUUGACAACCGUGGUAUCUACCCACCCAUCAACGUCCUGCCGUCUCUUUCGCGCCUCAUGAAGUCGGCCAUUGGCGAGGGUAUGACGCGCAAGGACCAUGGCGACGUUUCAAACCAGCUGUAUGCAAAGUACGCCAUUGGACGUGACGCGGCGGCUAUGAAGGCUGUCGUUGGUGAAGAGGCACUAUCGGCUGAAGACAAGCUCUCCCUCGAGUUCUUGGAGAAGUUUGAGCGUACUUUCAUCAACCAGGGUCCUUAUGAGGCGCGCACGAUUUACGAGUCUCUGGACCUUGCCUGGUCUCUGCUCCGCAUUUACCGGAAGGACAUGUUGAAUCGUAUUCCGGCCAAGAUCAUCAACGAGUACUACCAGAGGACAUCUGAGCGCAAGGGCAAGGCCAAGGCACAAGACAAGCCGAGCGCCCCUGGAACCUCGGCGGCUGGUAACCCAGCGGAGGAAAACUUGAUCGAUGCCUAAGUAAUCACUGACUCCCCGUCAGCAGGAUCGAGUUGAUAGGCAAUCAGAAGCAAAGUUGGUGGUAGGAGCCGCAUCGUUGUGCAUAGAAAUUUGAGUAGGAGAUUUUCCCGAUGGCUCUUCAGAGUGUUAAACAAGUUGUGUCGGUGUUAUGCAUUCAAUAUUUUAGCACAAUUCAGUCUUCUUGGAAACAACGAAAUUUAAAGUAGAGAACGGCAUGCGUAACAUUGAAAAGACAAGAAACACACAAACAUACAAUCACAAU